AUGACAGCCUCCAAAGAUCCGACUAAGAAGAAGCCGAAAGAGGCUCAGCAGGAUGAGGAAUUUGUUGACGUCAGCCCGCCGCAGAGGAACUGGAAGGGCAUCGCCAUCUCUCUGCUGGUGAUCGUGGUGGUCUGCUCGCUCAUCACCAUGUCCGUGGUCCUCCUCACACCCACGGAGCUCCCUGGCAGCAGCAAGUCCAAGCUGACCGUGGCGGAUCUGCACAAACCCGAGUUCACUGUUCACGACCCCGAGGCCACGUGGAUUAGCGACUCCGAGGUGGUGUACAGGAACCGCGACGGUCACGUCAUGAAGUACGACUUCACCUCGAAUGAGCUGGAGUUAGUUCUGAACAACAGUACAUUCGUGGCUUUUAAGGUGGCAAAGUACUCGCUCUCUGCAGAUCUGAAGUACGCCCUCUUUGCCUACGAUGUCAAACAGAUGUACAGAUAUUCAUACACGGCGUCCUACAUCGUGUACAACAUCUACACCAGAGAAGUACGAGAGCUGAACCCUCCGGAGGUUCAGAACGCAGUGCUCCAGCAUGCAGCCUGGGGAAGACAAGGACAACAGCUGAUCUACAUUUUUGAGAAUAACAUCUACUACCAGUCAGAUGCGAGGAGUAACUCCCUGAGAAUCACCUCAUCUGGGAUGGAGGGCGUCAUCUUCAACGGGCUCGCCGACUGGUUGUACGAAGAAGAGAUUCUGCAUUCACACUUGGCUCACUGGUGGUCACCCGACGGAGAGAGACUGGCUUUCCUCACCAUCAACGACACGCUGGUACCUAAUAUGAAUCUGGCCCAGUUUACUGGCAGCACCUACCCCAAGGGACUACAGUACCCAUAUCCAAUGGCUGGUCAGAUAAACCCUGCAGUCAAGCUGUCUGUCGUCAAUCUGUUCGGAGCGACUCACACACAAGAACUGCAGCCACCGGAUCAGCUCAGGCUCAGGGAUUUCUAUGUCCCCAUGGUGAAGUGGAUCAGUAAUACUCACCUCGCUGUGCGGUGGCUCAAUCGAGCUCAGAACGCUUCGCAUCUGACGGUGUGCGACGCCUCCAUAGGAGUCUGUCAUCAGAGACUCAAGGACUCUUCGGAGGCAUGGCUCCCCAGACAGAGAGAGGAGCCGUUGUUCUCCAAGGACAGGAGCAGGUUUUUCCUCACUCAGCCGGUGAAACAAGGAGGUCAGGGAGAUUUCCACCACAUCAAAAUGUUCACUAAAAAGUUACGAAAUGAGCAGGAGGAGAUUCGCCAGUUGACAUCAGGUGACUGGGAGGUGACAAAAAUCGUAGCCUACGAUGAAAUCAACCAGAUUAUAUACUUCCUGAGCACCAAGGACUCUGCACAACAGAGACAUUUAUACAGUGUGUCCAGCCUUGGCCUGUUUCCACCACAAUGUCUCACCUGCGGACUGAGGGAGGAGUACACGUUCUUCGACGCCAUCGUCAGCCCCGAUGCACAGCAAGCCAUCCUGUACUGCAAAGGUCCAGGUGUUCCAGCUGUGCACCUUCUACGUUUAGAUGAUCUGAGCUUGAAUUUCACCUUCGAGAACAACCUUCCUCUACGGUCAGCGAUGGAGACUAAAAGGAGCGUUCAGACGGACAUCCGGGAGAUCACUAAUGACAACUUUGAGCUGCCUCUGAAGCUCAUCUAUCCUCCCGACUUCUCCGAGUCCUACCUCUAUGGCCUUCUCCUUAUUGUCGGCAGUUCUCCGGGAGGUCAGGCGGUGACGGAGGAGUUCAGACUGGACUGGGAGCAGGUGCUGGUGGGAUCGGAGCAGGUCAUCGUGGCUCGGCUGGACGGCAGAGGGUCGGGAUUCAGAGGAGACAGGGUUUUGCAGCAGGUCCAUCAGAAGCUCGGCACGGUGGACGUAGAAGACCAGAAAGCAGCCCUUGAGUACCUGGUGAAGCUGCCGUUCAUUGAUCACACUCGCGUCGGAGUCUUUGGAGAGGACUACGGAGGCUACAUCACACUGAUGAUGCUGAAGUCCACGGAGCGGCUGAUCACGUGCGCCGCGGCUCAGUCCCCCAUCAUUGACUGGACCAUGUACGCUUCUGCGUUUUCCGAGAGAUACUUGGGCUCGCCUUCGACUGAGGAGAGCAAAUACCAAGCAUCCAAAGUCCUGCUCAACAUGAACAUGAAAGGUCUGCAUGAAGGAACUCUGUUUCUGGCCCACGGGACUGCUGACGAGAACGUCCACUUUCAGCACACAGCAGAGCUCAUCAAACACUUGAUCAAGAUCGGGGCCAACUACACUAUGCAGAUCUACCCAGAUGAGGGACACUUCCUGUCAAGACGCAGCCAGAUUCAGCUGACUCACUCCUUAAUUAGUUAUUUUAGGGGAUGUCUGCUUGACACAAUGUCAUUACUCGACCAACAGCAGGACGACGAGUGA